GAGCUGUGUUGUCAUUUUAUGUAAAUGAAGCAAAUUCGCUGAAAGAUCUAAAGGGGCCUCAGUAAGCAGAAUGUGACUCUGGAGCUCUGGCCCCGUCUCCUGGACUGCUGCUGCUGCUCACUGUGCAAGCAGAGUCAGACUCAGAGGUCUGGAAUAUCUGUUCCGUGACUUGUAGAAAGAGAGAGAGAGAGAGAGAGAGGGAGGAGAGGAGGGGAAAGAAAAGAGGAGGGGGGCUCAAGAGGAGAGGAGUGUAAUAGGAAACCAGUCCACCCUUCUCUCUCUCAAUCUUCUCAACCUCUCUCCUUCCCUGUCCCGCAGUCAGCCGGUUGGAAUAACACCUCGCUUCACUCUCGCUGGGGAAGUCCACGCAACACUACGUCUGAGACUACAGCACUCACCCACUCCCUGCUCAGUGAGGACAGCACGGCUGGGAAGCCUCAGAAGGUGGGCUGGUCUGGGUGUCUCCUCAGCAGUCAUGGGGAGAUCAGGAGCGCUCUGGGUUUGGUUGCUUGGGACGAGCAUGCAGUUGUUACUUCCCCUCGUCCUCUGUGUCACCUGCAUCCAUGGUCUUUUUCCACCACAGCCACGUGUCUUCCUGUCAUUUCAAGAAUUACAGAAAAUCCAGUCCUUUGAGCACUACACUUUGUCUGAGAAAGCCAUGGACUAUAGGAUCCUCUUCAUGGACGAAGAUCAAGACCGUAUGUACGUGGGCUGCAAAGACCAUGUACUCUCGAUGGACAUCAACAACAUCAGCCAGACCCCGCUGAAGAUCUUCUGGCCGGCAUCCACUAGUAAGAUCGAGGAGUGUCAGAUGGCUGGCAAAGACCCCACACAUGGAUGUGGAAACUUCUUACGAGUGAUUCAGCCUUAUAACAGGACUCAUCUGUUCAUCUGCGGCAGUGGAGCCUACAGCCCAGUGUGUGCAUAUGUUAACCGUGGCAGGCGUCCUGAGGAGCAAGUCUUCCAAAUCUCUUCCCGAGCAGAAUCAGGGAAAGGAAGAUGCUCGUUUAACCCACAAGUCAACACCAUCUCAGUCAUGCUCAAUCAGGAGCUGUUCUCUGGCAUGUACAUUGACUUCAUGGGGACAGACGCGGCAAUCUUCAGGAGCCUGACCACAAGGAACGCAGUGAGGACGGACCAACAUAACUCCAAAUGGCUGAGCGAGCCAGUGUUCAUCGAUGCACACUUGAUUCCUGAUGGCUCAGACCCAAACGACGCCAAACUUUACUUCUUCCUGCGUGAGAGACUGACAGACAGUAGUGGAAACACUAAGAACAUCCACGCUAUGGUGGCUCGAGUCUGCCCUAAUGACACUGGUGGUCAACGCAGUCUGGUGAACAAGUGGACCACAUUUCUGAAGGCUCGGCUGGUAUGUUCGGUUCUAGAGGAGGACGGUACAGAGACCCACUUUGAUGAGCUCGAGAAUGUGUUUUUAUUGGAGACGGACCACCCAAAGGGCCUCCUCAUCUUUGGAGUUUUCACCUCUACAAGUUCUGUGUUCAGAGGUUCUGCUGUCUGUGUGUACAACAUGGCCGACAUCCUGACGGUCUUCAAUGGACCGUUUGCGCACAGGGAAGGACCCAACUUCCAGUGGGUGGCUUUCCAGGGCCGGAUCCCAUACCCACGACCGGGAACUUGUCCUGGUGGUGCGUUCACCCCUCAUAUCCAGAGUACUAAAGAGUUUCCAGAUGAUGUGGUGACGUUCGUGAGGAAUCACCCCGUCAUGUUUAACCCCAUCUACCCGGUCGGCAGGAAACCUCUGGUGGUGCGGACACAUGCCGAUUACAAAUACACCUCUAUAGCUGUGGACCAGGUCACUGCUGUGGACGGACACUACCAGGUUCUAUUCCUGGGCACAGAUAAAGGCACGGUACAGAAGGUCGUGGUUCUGCCGUCAAACGGCUCUCUGGAUGAGGAUCUAAUCCUGGAGGAGCUGGAAGUGUUUAAGGAAGGCAGAUUUUUAAUGGGAACAAAGACUGGGCAUGAGGUGAGGAAAAGGUUACUCUACACAUGGAAAAAAAAAAUCCAUUACCCCACUGGCAAGAGGAGAAGCAGAAGGCAGGAUAUUAUGCAUGGGAAUCCACUGACUCAGUGCAGAGGGUUCAAUCUAAAAGCCUACAGGAAUGCAGUGGAGAUGACUCAGUAUGGAGUAAAAAACAACACCACCUUCCUGGAGUGUCAGCCCAAAUCUCCCCAGGCCUCAGUUAAAUGGCUCAUUCAGAGAGACAACGAUCGCAGGAAAGAGGUGAAGCUGAGCGAUCGUGUGGUGUCCACCAAUCACGGCUUGCUCAUCCGUUCAGUGCAUUCCUCAGAUCAGGGUGUGUAUUACUGCCUGGCCACAGAGAAUGGCUUCAAGCGCACACUUGCUAAAAUCAGUCUCCAGAUUCUGAGCGAAGCUCUGGUCAGCGCUCUGAGCAACAAACAGUCUCCCUGGGGCUGGGCAGCCUCACUGCACCCUAAAGCCCUGGUGUCAGCCUUCAGCCCGGCUGAGACGUUGGCCAUGCACCAAUACUGCAAGGAACGCAAACAGAUGCAGAGUCUGCAGAACAUACAGAACCCCAUGAGAGGUGAUCUGGGCAAACUCAAACCCUUGCUGGACCACAGGAAGAGCAGGAACCGCCGAAACCACUUACAAGAGGAAUAGAGUCGAAACAUGAACAAAGGAAAUGGAUGGAGAGAUGAUGAAAAGGAAAAAAAGACAUGCAUCAGGAGAGAACUCGAGUGGAAAAUAAAGGAGGAGAAUGCUGGAGAAGAUUCCUCUGUUAUGAACCUCAAUUGUGGUUCUUCAAGAUCAAAGCAUCUCAGGUGCUUCCUGUACAGCAGUCUUAUAUACACGAACGCCCAGAGCAGAGGACUCGGAGACAUCCUCACACACAGGCACUCAAGCCAAUUUGUUUCAAGCAGCAUAAUACAAAAUGCCAUG